AUGAACGAAAAGGGUCGCAUGGACGACCUUGCGUCGCUCUUUCUCCCCGAUCUUCUUCAGCCUCUCGCAGACCUGCCGUCUCGAAAACCUCUGGAGGAAUUUGUCUUCCAUGGCCGCUCCGACAUCUCCACUCCCCUGUCUUCAGGUUUGGGUAUGUUCAUGGCACUUUCUGAAGAUGCAGACCUGGCGCCUGUAACUUCUGGCUCUGGGCCGUUUGGCAAUGGUGUCUCGGGGCCGAGCUUAGGUCCCUCGACCAAUUCGGGUCCUUCUACGGCAGGUUCUGGCCCUGGUGCUACCCAACCAUAUCAACCUGGAACUUAUAUUCCUACGGGUCCUAAUCCAAACCAAAUGGGCUACUACCCACAGCCGCUGUAUAAUCCGGCGUUUCCAAACACAGACAUGGGUGUACACAACAACUUCCAAAGGCACCACUACUCGAUGUUUCCCGAUCUGGACUUCGCUCAUGCCCUGCGCUAUGCCGAGUUCAUUCCGGCGGAAGCUGGCUUCCAGCAAUCACAUUGUCAUCACCAGAUGAUGCCUGUGCAACAGGCGUUUUCUCUGUCGACGGUUAUUGGCCAGUUUGACUCGGUGGGCUGGCCUCAGGGCGACGAUAUGGGCCACACGGGAGCUAUUAGUUAUGGCCGUGGUACGCCCGAAAUGGGAGCAUUAGCAGGGUCAACGGGUCCAAUGUUGGUGAUAGAGAAUGCGGAAAAACUGGAAAUCAAACAAGAAGUUGACUCUCUAGCUUCCCAGACUAGAAAAUCAAAGAAACCCCUGCUUUCAGAUAGAACAAAGGGUGACCAAGACAUUCAGAUGGACUACUCACCAUCAGCAUUGGAUAAUCUUCUCAAGUUAGCUCCAAGUGACUAUGCAACGCAUCCUCCGGUUCAAUUGACAGAUGGUGAGGGAAACCCUGUCAAGACGUACUUCACUGGCACUUUAGAUGGCAGACUCUUGACCAACGACUAUGACAACUACAAUCUUAUAUGCUCGUACUCAGGAACGCCCAACCCUAACGAGGUAUAUACUCCUCGGGUGAUUUCAUGCUACCGGCGAAAUUUCGUUUCUGCUCAUCUCAAAUUCACAAUGGACAAGUUUCCACUGGGCCUCUACCUAAAUGGUGAACCAGUCACCCAGUUCCGCAUCAAAAUCGGGGCUGUUACAGACGGUAAGGAGCAAAAGGGCGUUCUGUUCAUGAUUGUCAACGAUAAGGACAAAAGCACUAAAAAGGAACGAAACCGAAAUAGCAUUGGAGGGAUCAAUCUCCUGGACAAAAACAGCGUAAUUGAGCUCCAGGAAUGUGAUCGUGAGAAUGACUUCUGGAUCAAGAAGCUCCAGUUUCGGAGUGCAACAUCCAACAGUUCCAGUCUUAACCUCCAAACUUACUACAGAAUCACUGCAAGUAUAGAGGCAGAAACCAACAGUUCCUCUGCGGUUCUCCAUGAUAUCAUGGGUGCUUGCAUGACUGUCAGAGGCAGAAACCCGACAUUCUUCCAAGACAGAAAGGAUUUCCGCAUCAAAACAGGUCCUGGUGAAGGUUCUGAAGUCACCAACAUAAACAAACACCAUACAGAUACUGUGACAGUCCCAGUUGUUCAGAACCCACUGCUUGUUAAAGAAGAAGACAUCGAUGAUGUGCAGCCAGAAAAGGAGGUGGAAUCUGAACCAGAGAAAGAAUCUAAAGAUAGUACAGAUGCCAGCGAUGGGGACGGUGAAACAUCUAACCAGAGUGAUGCUCAAGUGUCUUCCAGAGCUGUACAGACUGGAAUUUCACGAGUGGCUAGUGUGGGAGACUUUAUUGCAUCGAAAAUUCAGGACGCAGAGAAGAAUUACCACUACUUUCCCAUCCUGAACGUAUAUUAUCUCCCACCGAUCAAUGUGGUAUACUUCCCGCAUGGAGCACAUCAAGACAACACUGGUGGAGAUGGAACCACUUCUAGAGAAGGCGAGACGACCACUAAUGCACCAAACGCUCCUGGUGAGAAGAAGAGAAGAUCGAAAGUGUAUUUCCGAUAG